AUGUAUCUUCCACGCUCACUUAUAAGCCAGCUAUACCUCCAGCUCCUUCGAUCACACCAUCCGCUUUCUCCGCCGGUCCUUAUACUCGUUGCCCUGGAACCCGACGCCCUCUGUGCGUGCCGCAUCCUUACGACGCUGUUGAAACGCGACUAUAUCGCUCACAAGAUCCAACCCAUUGCUGGAUAUGGUGAUCUGGCACGUGCAGGACAGGAGCUGGUGCGUCCCAUGCGCACCACCGAUGGAGGCAGCGGGGGAGUCGUUGUUUGUCUCGGCGUCGGCGGGCUUGUUGACUUGAGCGAGAUCUUGUGCUUAACAAAUGAGCAAGACGAGUCCGACGAGAUGGGAGGCGUAGAAGUCUGGGUUCUCGACGCGCGACGACCGUGGAAUUUGGUGAAUAUAUUUGGCGGCUAUUCAGAGCAUCUCCGUGACCGCGAGUAUGCAGCAGAGAUGGACCUCGCUGCCAUGCGUAGAGGUCGUGGCGUGGAUAAGGGCUGUAUUAAUCGAAGCUACAAACGUGGCAGCGGAGGAAUUAUCGUAUUCGACGACGGCGACAUUGAGGAAGAUCUGUCCAGAGAACGUGAUGCUUAUUAUGCCCUUGAAGCAAUGCCGGAAGUCGACGAUGAUAGUGACGAUGGGUCUAGCUCGGAAAGUGAAGAUGAUGCUAACAGCCUGGAGGGGGGUUCGAAGAAAAGAAAAUCAUGGUCGGGACGCGAAAUGGAGGAUAGUGAUGAUGAGGACGAUGAACGUCCACGGCAGCGUAGGAGGAGUAAUUCGAGCUCCCCCAUUACCUCUUCUCCAAGUAAUCGACGUCGUGCAAUUGGACAUGAUUCUUCGAACGAAUCACGCACACCUACUCCAGAACCCAGCUUCGUGUCGCCUCCGACAUCCAGACAACCCUCAGCGCGAACGCUAAGAAGACGACUUUUACGAAUGAAGAGUAAACACGAAAGUAUAUUACAAGCGUACUACAGUACAGGCACAGCCUAUUCCGAGCCAAUCUCUUCCCUUAUGUAUUCCCUCGCUUCUGAGCUGGGACGUGAAGACAAUGACCUUUUGUGGUUGGCAAUUGUAGGGAGCUCGAGCAUGGAAAUCUCUGGCCGAACAAUGACAGGCGUAGGAAUAUCAAGUUCCUCUGAAUCCGGAGGCUCGGCUGGUUGGGGUGGAUCUCGGGGCGAACGGAUUCGACAGAUAAUGCGAGAUGAAGUCCACCGUCUCAACCCCCCCGAGGGCAUUGAAAGCUUUCGCGACGUACCAGGUUCAAAUACCGAUGUCAUUCCCACGACGGGGCGAUCUCCAGCGGAUACAUCAAUACGAAUAUCACCGGAACCGCGCUUUCUGCUAGUACGCCACUGGUCGUUAUACGAAAGCAUGUUGCACAGCCCAUAUCUUGCAUCAAGACUGCACGUAUGGACUGAGAAUGGCCGAAAACGACUCCAUAAGCUAUUAGCCAAAAUGGGCAUUAGCUUGACACAAUGCCACCAAAACUAUAAUCAUAUGGAUAUGGAGUUGAAGCGCGUAUUGCGCUCCCGGCUGCUGAAAUACGCUCCUAUGUACGGCUUGGAAGGGCUGGUUCCGCCUGUCGCGUCUGGACACAGCAGCAACCGAGAAGGCUGGGGCUUUGUACGAAGCUGGGGUUGGAAAGCGUGUCUAUCAGCAACCGAUGUUGCUGUCAUCUUGGGGUCAAUACUCGAAGUCGGACCGAGCGCGGCAUCAAGUUGGGAAUCGGGAGCUGCUUCUUCCAGACAGCUCGAAUCCACAACCAAGUCAGAAACAGAUUCUGCCAAUUUACAUCCUCGGUUCUGGAGUGCCUACGAUGCGCUCUCGCCAACUGGGUCUGAUUCACCUACAUCAUUGGUUGAGUCCUUGCCUUUAGCACAACAUCUACACCGUGCUAUUCUGCGUACUGGAACUUCCUUGUUAUCAAAAAACCAGAUUCGCCAUCUGCGAGCCUUCCGCAUUGCUGUAGUUAAGGACGGACCUGACGUGAAGCUCUUCACCAACCCAGGCGCAUUGACGAAAUUGGCACUCUGGGUCGCAGAAGCCAUUCAAGUGCAGGAGCGGGACCGAAGUGAGAGCAAAAUGGGAAAGAAGAAGAUCCUAGGCACACCACUUGUCCUGGCUGGGCUGGAUGAGGAUCGCGGCGUAUAUGUGGUCGUCGGCACUGGCGGCGGCGGUGGUGUUGUUGACUUUGCAGCAAUUGCAAAGAAAAACGAAGAGCGACGAGCCAAGAAAGAAGCAACAGACAAGAAAAAGAAAGAACGUGAAGAGCGACGGAGAAAACGAGCAGCUGAACGCGCCCGUCGUAGCGAAGGCGAGCAUGAUGAAGACGGCGACGAGGACGAAGAGACCGAGGAUUCAGAGGAGGACUCAUCUUCUGACGAUGACGAAUCAGAAGACGAAAAAAGCUUAUACGGGAAUAAACGACUUGUUCGCAAUCGCUUUGGUAUUGCAUUUCAGGAAGUGGUCCAGGAGACUAGCGCUCGAGUUCGAAUCGACAGCUUUGAGCACUCUGUGGUAGAAGUUCAAAAGGAGGAUUUAAGUGGAUUUCUAGAGGCACUGAGCUUCAGGAGUGUUGUCGGAUAA